AUGUCGCGGCGCUUCUUUGACAAAUAUCCCGGAUCAACGGUGUGGGCGGGUGUGCUGCCCGUGUAUCUGCCGUUGGCAAAGGAAUCACCCGGUUGGCCGGUCGCGCAAGACUCGCCCGCCAUGGAGCUACUAGCCACGGUGCUACAGGCCUCAAGAGAGCUCGGCGACUAUGCUCUGCAGGCCGCGUGCCUGCGGGAGAUGAUAUGCAGCUCACAGGACCCGCGAGCACUGUUCUCGACGCUGAUCCAGCUGCAGCUCAAAGUCAUGGGGGACAAGGUGGGCGCGCUGCAGUCUUUGCUGUCGACAUACCUCUUGGCCGAUGACGACACCUCCCGCCUCGCUCUGAGGAUGCAUCUGGCCGAGUUCGCCCCCGUCUCGACCCAGUGGGACCGCGCCGUUGACCAGGCUGCUCUUGAAUGGAGCCGACUCAAGGUCCUGCGUGCCCUCAGCCUGACCAUGCAAGGCGACAUCUCAGCAGAAGCAAAGGACGAAGCACGUCUGGCGGACCAACUUCUCGCCGGCAUUCCUGAUCACUGGCCGCCUCAGGGGGGGACUGUUGGUGACAGAAAACUGCUCUUCACUUUGCCUGAUCCCAGCGUCACUCCUCCCGCGAUAAUCCGCAGUGUAACACCGCCGCCUGCGAGAGGGCGGGUAAGAGUUCGAAGGAUACCAAAAAAAGGAAAACCUACACACAAGGGCAAGGAAAAAGCACAUGACGAUGCUGACACCAGCAACAAAGAAAAUGGACAGCCCCCGCACCCCCCGAAUGCUUUUGGCCCAAGCCAAUUCCCAGCUCGCCUCGGAUUUCAAGGCCACGAACCGCUUUACAAGCCCCCAUUCCCGUAUCCCUCCUACCAAAUGAACCCCGAACCUUACUGGAGUAGUUCGUUCCAGUACCCCUAUUUUUCUCCGUACAUUUCUCCCUACUCUAAUCAGCCGUACAUGCCCGCUCCCUUUGACCAGUCGCCGCAGUACGCGCCACCACCCGAAGUACGAGCAGAUCCGACUGCCGAAUCAGAGCGAGAAGGGUCUAAGAAGCUCCGUGCAAGAGUGCAGCAGCUAGUAGCUAAAAACAUGAACCUGGAACUAGAAAUGCGGAAGCAGAAGGAAAUAACGAAGGAAAGAGAAAAGAUCGAAGCUUUUGCAAAGCAAAAAAAGGACGCAGAACUUGCAUCGGCGAAACAAGAGGCUGAGGAGAUAGCCGCGGCGGCAAUCGCCGCCGCGGUAGAAAAGGCUAUAAAGAAAAUUAAAUCAAAGGUGGCAGAGGAAGAUGAGGCAGUAUCAGAAAGUAAUACAGUAGCAAGGAAAGAGGUCUAA